CUUUCCUUGCCGCGCUACCGGGCCUAUUUGACGCCCGCGCACCUGCUUCAGCAAUUGAUUGUUAUGCUUCGUACGUAUGAUACGUACCGCUAUUUUCCUUUCCUGCAGUGUUUAUUUUUUAGCGCUGCACCAUCAAGGCAUGAUGCAGCUGCAACCCACCCUUCAUUUUUUCUUCAACAAUGUUGCAUUUUAUCCUGUAUUUCAUGGUGACGCAAGAGUGGUUGCAUAAGAGAAGUGGCAAGAAUCGCAAGUUUUACUGAGCACCAUCGAUAAGAGCAAAAGGAUAUCCCCUCGACCAAGGACACGCAACACGAGCCUGGAAAUCCCGAUUCAGCGCUGUACCAGUGACUGACCCUUCAACGUAUAUAAUUCUUGCGUGACCAUUUGUGUUGCGUUGCUUCAAAAAGCGCAACUGUCAAUUAGCUAUGCGUCAGCGGCGUUUUGCAUUGUUUGUGUGCAUGAAGCUAAGUUGGACUUUCCGAAGACAAUAAAGCUAUGUGGCUGUUUUCAAUGCACGAGGUGUGCCUCGCCCGUUUCUCAAGGUGCUGAGCGCUGAUGAGGCCCGUUUGAGUCACGAAGUCGUCGGUGCCUGGGCGUGUACCUAAUCGGGUGUCCAAAGGGUUUGAAGUAGGGAUGGGCGGAUCGAUACCAAACUAUCGACAUAUCGAUACAGGCUGCUCAUUUUUGAGUAUCGAUCUUCCUAGCUAAAAUAUCGAUACUUACAAUUAUUUAAUAAUAUUUUUCCUCAUUUUUUUUCUGCUCCAAUUUGACGACUUGCACUCAUGCUAGCACUACUUUUCCUUCCGCCUGCUGCACCGGCGUGUCCUGCUCUGCUCUGCUCCCGCCCCCUUUUCUCACAAGCCAAGCCCUCCUCCUCCGCCCCCCGUUCCAAUCCAAACAAACACAAACAAGCAUGGCCACGGUGGCGGCCCAGUCCGAACGCAAGAGAAGUCUGGUUGGGGAUAUUAUAUUUUACUUAAUAACAACGAGGCAAAAUGUGAAAUAUGUCAAAUAUAUAAAGUUUUCCCCUUUUCAAUUUGUGGUCAAACGCCAUAUGUUUUAUUUGUAACUCCACUUCCUAUAAACAACACUAAAGUAUUACAAUAUUAAAUGUAAGUAUCCAGUGGCUUUACAAAUUGAUAGUUUUGCUGCUCAUGACGAUUAAGCCCUGCAUCUCUGUUGGUACCAUGUCUCUUUUUAGAUUAUACUAAAAGACAAAACUUUUUCCCAACAACAGAGAGAGAGAGAGAAAAAAGUAAAGAAUAGCUCCUUUUUAUUAAAGUUAUGUGGUGUGCAAGGACUGGAGUCGGAGGCGGAGUGGUAAAUGACGGUGCCAACGGCAGUUGUUUUAAUGACAUUUAUAAUUAUCUUCUCGCAACCAUGGGCCGACUCUUUUUCCCUCGAGAUCCUAACCCACACUCCUCAAACAGGAAACUCCCACACGUGUAAAACAUCCCACCGGAACUCGGCAACGUGAACUUAGGUUCCGGGUGAAUUAUGUCAACCCACUACAGUUAUACUAUUAAUAUGCAUCUUCCACUAAUGCACUAAUGUCUAAAAAGGUUAAUAAUUCAUGUACAUGACGUAAUACUUUUUUCUACAAAAUUCAAUAGAUGACUCUCCAAGAGCAAGAAUGCCACUGCAUUUAAAUUGUUUUUUUGGCGGGAAAUUACACUUCCGGUAUCGAUAUCGGAUCGAAUAUCGGGUAUUUUGGGUAGGAAAUACUUGGUAUCGGAUCGAUUCCAAAAUCAUUGGUAUCGCCCAUCCCUAGUUUGAAGUCCCUCCACACCGUGCGAUGCCGCUAGGUUACUGUGGUAACGCUCCUGUGGACCGCCACCUCCUCAGCAGCCGCCGCUGCCUGAUUGGCUGUUUCCGCCAAACCCUUCCGCUGGAGCUCGGGCGGCCGAGAGAAAGCACUUUCGGCGCACUGGUGUUUGUUCUGCACUCGCUUCCUCAUUUCAAGUCAUUCUUGGCUCCUGUUUGCUCACAAAGCUUCAGGUUGUGCGUGCGCGCGCGUCUGUGUACGUACGCACGCCAACUGACGUACGUGGGCGCGCCUGCCGGCCACACCUUCCUCCUUGGUCCCACGGGAAGCACACGCAUCAAGCAGACGUCAGAAUAGCAGCUGGAGAUCACUGACAAAGUGGAGAAAGACGUGAGACAGAAGAAAGGACUUGACAGAGAAGAGGGCAAGACGUUCGUGAAGAAGAGUCAGAAAAGGUGCGAGCAGAAUAUAGAGGAGAGCCCAUUUCGGAGGAAUUGUAGAAGUGAGUAGAACAAAGUUGUGAAGGAGAAAAAAAAGUUGUUGAAGAUAGCAGUCAAAAUUGGUGUGAAAAAGAAGGAGAGGUCAUUGUGGAGGAGGAGGAGAGGACGACAUGAGAGGGGCGCCCAACUUGACUGCGGCGCUGUCUUCAGAUUUUGAAAUCACGGCGGAGGCGGUGGGCUUCCUGUCGGUGGUGGGCGUGUUCAUCGCCGCCCUGGCACUUGUCUUCCUCUUCAUCAAUAAGAUGCUCUGCUUCUCCAAAGUGGGCAAAACUCCGUGCAUAGAGCAGCAGCAGCCCCAGCCCUCAGGGAGCCACCGGCCGCCGGGGGUCCGGCACGGUCUUGUCAAGAGCUGGAGUGUGGAUGGCAGCCAAUCAUCCUCAGACAGCAACAACCAAGUGAUGAAGCAGUUUGAGAUCUCGGUGUCGCGAGCGCACAGUUUGCGUUCGGAGCGACUGUCUCCGAGAGCGGCCAGAUGCCGCGACAACUUGGCCGGCUCGUUGGAGCGACGGAAUGCCAACUCUUGCCCGUCCGAUUGUGAAGACGAUUUCCCACCGGCCGUCACGGAGGCGACCGCUCAACGCAGCCUUCAGGAGGUGGCGCCAGCUGGAACUCAGUCACCACCGCAGCACUCAGAGAGCCCAACUGCCGGUGAACCGUUCAUGUCGGAGGACGUGGGGCACCGGGACACGGCCAACGGCUCUGCCCCGUGGACGCCUCAGGUCCUGUUGCGGUCAACCAGAAAAGAAGAGCCAGGGGCCGGUCCAAGUGUCAGCUGCGCUCCCUUUGUGUUGCCUGCCCAGGACAAAGACACCGCCCCGCCCACCUGGCCAUCCCCUUCCCGAUGCGUCUCCAAGUGCUGCGACCUGCUGGUCUCCCUGGAGUACCGAGCAGCCGGCGAGAAGCUGCUGGUCACAGUGGUGUCGGCGCGAGACCUUCCCGACCGACGGCGGAGCGGGGCGGACAACUGGCAGGUGCACGUCGUCCUCAUGCCGGCCAAGAAGCAGAGACACAAGACCUUGCUCAGUCGGGUGGGCUCCGACUUCGGUCUGGACUUUGGCCAGACCUUCGCCCUGACGCAGGUUGAGACCUCCCGGUUGGCAGCGUCGGCGCUCCGCUUCCGCAUGUACGCCCUGGAAGGCAGGAUACUCCGACGGCGGAUGAUGGGCGAGAAGCUUCUGCCCCUGGCCGGCCUGGACCAUACGGCGGGAUCUGUCGACGUGCAACUGGUGCUGGUGCCUCGUGGCAACAUGGAGAGCGUGGACUCAGAGCUGAGCCUGGCCGGUGAUGGCGCCUCGUCCUCGCACGAAUGCGCCGAGCUCCUGAUGGGCUUGUCCUACAGCGCUGCCACUGGGAGGAUGUCGGUGGAGAUCAUCAAGGGCAGCCGCUUGGGGAGCAUGGCUGCCGGCAGACCUCCGGACACGUUUGCCCGGUUGACGCUGCUCAACUCAGUGGGACGGGAGAUCUCCCGCUGCAAGACGUCGGUGCGGCGCGCCCAGCCCAACCCGGUGUUCAAGGAAACCUUCGUCUUCCAGGUAGCGCUCUUCCAGCUGUCGGACGUCACGCUCAUGACAUCUGUCUACGGACGGCGCAGCCUCAAGCGCAAGGAGAUGAUCGGCUGGGCCGCCCUGGGCCAGAACAGCAGUGGCGAGGAGGAGCGCCUUCACUGGAGGGACAUGAAGGAGGCACACGGGACACAGGUGUGCAGGUGGCACGUCCUUCUGGAUGCCUGACCGACGCAAGCUCCUUGCCCUUUGUGUGCUGAAUGUGCUCGGCUGGCUUUGGGCCAAGAGUAAAGUAGCUUUUGCCCAAGAAUCCUCUUGGAUAUUUCCAAAAAAAAGCCAAGCCUUUCCACAUUCGCCAUGGAGUGUAUUCCGAUUAGAAUGUUUCAGAAAGCCCAAACGGAGCCAAAAUGCUGCAAAUAUCCUCAUUUCCAAGCAAACAAUGGCAAGAGGACGCUAACUUGUCUUGCAUGUGUUAUGAGCAACACUUUUUGACAUCAACUGGCAGGAAGCUUUAUACGUAUUCGAACAAGUGUUGCUGGGAAUGAGCGCUUGUGCAAUCGUUGUACAUAUGAACCACUUGACUGGGGCCUAAUUCAGCAUUUCUUGUUUUCUGUUCAACUGCCCCAGAGGGAAAUAUUUCGACUGUAAAUAGUAUCAUUUAUCUAUAAAAUUGUAAAUACUAGGGGUGUAACGAUACAUCGAUACACAUCGAUUAAUCGAUAUAAUGCUCUACGAUUUAUUGGCAUCGAUGCUAAAGGUAAACGUCGAUUUAUAUCGCCGUGUUUGACCUCGGACAUUAGACGCAACUUUAUUUUGAAAUCCAGUUCCUUGUUGCUUGCUUCCUCUUUCCGGGAGCAGUGCGCCCGGCGUUGUUGUGUUGUGAGCAGAGCACGCACGUGAAAGGGGAGGCGACAACUAGUACGCGGCUCCUGGGCUGGUGCUAUGGCUAGUGUCCAAAACGACGAGGAAAUUUGCUCCCCUUUAGGCUUCAAGUCAUUCGUUUGGAAGCACUUUAGAUUCCAAAAAAAAGAUGGCUCAACGGACAAGACACGUGCAGUUUGUAAAUCCUGCCAUGCGGUGAUCAAAUAUUCAGGGAGCACAAAUCUCGCCGCACAUUUAAAGACAAAACACGACAUCAAAGUUCAGUGUUAAAGUAAGCAAUUUGUAUACAACAAUACUCUUGUAAUUUCCUAAAUAAAGAGUUUGCAGUACCUUGUUGAUUUUGCGUAUGAAUUGUUAUAAAUCAGGAUAGAUCGAUCGUAGAGCACUAUAUCGCGAUAUAUCGUGAAUGAAUCGCAGCAGGCUUUAAGAUAUCGGCAAAUAUCGUAUCGUAGUUCUUUAUAUCGAUAUUAUAUCGUAUCGUGACAAAACCCGCAAUUUACACCCCUAGUAAAUACGUAUACCUCUGCAUGACAUUGUAUCCCUCAUUGACAUUAAAUGAAUAAAAUGAAAUAGAGCUAUA